AUGGCAAAUUGUGUACCACAUUUUAUAAGGAAAUGUGCAGCUCAUAAAACACAUAAUACUUCGAAAUUUGUCAAUAUGUUGUUGACUUUUAAAAGACAAUAUACUUCUGCAUUGUUUAUUUCAAAUGUCAAAGGCAAAGAAUAUUAUUCAUUUCUACAACCAUAUAUAGAUUUUGAUGAAAGAUUAGCAAAUCUUGAAAAACUACAGCAAGACUUAACAAGACGAGGAUUGAAUUUGAAUGUUAAAGAUGUUAAAAGUAUGUGGGAAUUUUACAAAUCUGUACACGUAAAUAAAUCUAAAUUAGAAUUGAGAAGUCAGCAGAUAUCAGACACAUUGGUCCCUUUGUUCAAAAAGGAAAAUUUAACUACAAACGAACAAGCGGAAUUUACGAAAUUAAAAUUGCAAAUCUCGGUGAUAAAAUAUGAUUUAAAAAUGAUUAAAGAUACUCUUCAGGAACUAAACGAAAGUAUUUUGGAAAAAAUUUUUCAAUUACCGAAUGAAUUGGAUGGAAAAACGCCUAUCCAAGGUCCUGUUGUAUUAAAACGUGUUAAUUCCUUAAAUGAACCUUCACACUCCAAUAAGAAGAAUCACAUUGAAAUUGGAAGGCGUCUUGGUUUAUUGGAAUAUAGAAAUCCAAUGCAAUAUUAUCUAUGUAACGAUGCAGCUCUUUUUGAACUUGGUGUAUUAAGUUAUGCUGGGAAAAUAUUCAGCGCGGAUAAUAUGAUUAGAGUGGCCGGUGCAGAUUUCAGCCGUAGCUUAGUGAUAGACGGCUCUGGUCUCAAUCAUGAAGAUCCUGUCGACGCUUUUAUAAUAGACAAUCAUUCCGAUGUAGAUAAAGAUUCCCCGAAUCGUAUGCACCUUGUUGGAGGUGCAAGUCUAAUUUCAUUUUUGGCAAUGCAUGCAAAACAGUUAAUAAAUCCAACUCAUUUCCCAGUAGCAUAUUUUUCCACUGGAAGGCAGUAUACUCCGUUUCGACCAGGUUCUAACCCAAUUGGUUUAUUCACUGUUUGCCAAGCUUCAGCUGCACUUGCAUUUAUAUUAGUCAAAGACGCAAAAAGUAAAGAGUACAAUGAACAAUUUGAAAGAUUAUUAAACGUUACGUGUAAAUUAUAUGAUAAUGUAUGCGAUCAUUAUCAAAUUGUGCUACGGUCUUCUUCAGAAUUGCGACCUUGGGAAUCAAUGCGCGUAUCCUUUGAAUUGUGGUCACCUUUCUCGAAACAAUACAUCGAAGUUGGUCAUAUAUCUGCGUACGGUGAAUAUUUUAGUAAAAGAUUACUAAUUAGAUAUAAGUCGACAAAUGAAUUAGCCUUCCCCUCUGUGAUAUCUGGUACUGUAUUGUCGGUACCACGACUUCUAGGAUGCUUAUUAGAACAAAAUUCCGAUAAACUUGUUAUUCCACAGAAAAUCUUAGAACAUAUGCCCAUAGAUAAUACUUCCUUUUAAGUUUCAAAAAUGAGAUUCCAAAUACUUGUUUUUUACAAUAUAGUUUGUACAUACUUUUCGAUGUAUGUAUUUUGAUUUUAUUCUUUGUAGUAUCUUUGUAGUAUUUCGUGUAUAUAUUUGUCAAAAUAAAGAUAGAAAGAUAAAAAAUAAA